UCGAGACACAACUCGCUGUGCGCAUGCGCUGACCGGCUGUACCAAAAAGGUGGAGGAGAGCCGGAUGCAGAACGGAUGAGCGCUUAUUUACCAAGCCUCUCGGUAAAGUUACCGAAUGAUGCUGUUAAUCGUGAUUUAGCGUAACGAAACGCCGUUGUUGACACUUUUGCUCAAUUAGAGAGCUGUGGUUGCUAUGGAGACGAGGACCACGACAACUACUAUUAUCCUUUGUCUCCUCUGAAUGAGGAAACGCACAAUAGUUAUUUUUCUUCAUCUGAGAAGAAGAAGCCUUUUGUUCCGAGCAAUUAAUUCGUCUUGGUCCACCGAGCUUUAGUGUGUUAGUAUGUCACCGGAGGACAGAGCUGCCGGCUGAAACAUCCGCUGAGGCCAAGAACCUCCCGCUGUCUCCCCGCCAGUAGAUGCUCUUGGCGCUGACGCUCUUCCUCUCCAGGCUCCACCGACGUCUCUCCUCCAUGUUCAGCUCGGACAGACUCACCGUGCCGGACUAUGUCAGCCGGCUGCAGAGGGGCAGGAGCAGCUCCGGCUGCGAGCCCAAGGCGGUCUCCCCGGGUCUCAGCGCCGACGUCCGGGCGGUCCUGGACGAGUCCCUCCCCGCCCUGCGCGAAGCCAUCAGGGGCCUCAGGGCGGCCAAGGAGAGCUCGGACACGGACGGGACCCGCCGGGCCGUGGCGGAGAUCUACCAGCUGGUGGAGGAGGCCUGGGUGAUGCCCACCGUGGGCCGUCAGGUGGCCGAGGAGAUCUGCAACAGGAUCCGGCUGGACGGAGGCCUGGAGCUGCUGCUUCAGCUGCAGCAGAACUCCGCUCUGGAGAUCGUGUAUGAGUCCGUGAAGCUGCUGGAGCAGAUCCUGAUCUCAGAGAACAGGGACUAUGUGGCGCGCAUCGGUCUGGGGGUCAUCCUCAACCUGACGCGACAGCAGGACGACGCCCAGCUGGCCCGCAGCGUCUCCGGCAUCCUGGAGCACAUGUUCAAACACACGGAGGAGACCUCCGUCCAGCUCAUCUCCAACGGCGCCCUGGACGCCCUCCUCUUCUGGUGCAGGGGCACGGACCCCACCGUGCUGCGCCACUGCGCCGUGGCGCUGGCCAACUGCGCCAUGUACGGCGGCCACCGCUGCCAGCGCUGGAUGAUAGAGAAGCAGGCGGCCGAGUGGCUCUUCCCGCUGGCUUUCUCCAAGGAGGACGAGCUCAUCCGCUUCCACGCCUGCCUGGCCGUGACGGUGUUGGCGGCGAACAGGGAGAUCGAGAAGGAGGUGGUGAACUCCGGAACCCUGGAGCUGGUGGAGCCGUUCAUCGCCUCCCUGGACCCGGACGACUUCGCCCGCUCCUUGCUGGACAGCGCAGACUGCAUGCAGGGGAGGACGGCCUCGGACCUUCAGCACCUUUUGCCUUUGCUAGAUGGCACGAGGGUGGAGGGAAAGUGCAUUGCUGCCUUUUAUCUUUGUGUCGAAACCAGUAUCAAGUCCCGCCAGCGCAACACCAAGAUAUUCCAAGAGAUCGGUGCAGUGCAGAGCCUUAAAAAGAUCGCCAUGUACUCCAGCAACGGCACGGCCUCGGGCCUCGCCAAGCGCGCCCUGACUAUGAUGGGCGAGGAAGUCCCAAAGCGAAUCUUGUCCUGCGUGCCCAACUGGAAGACCUGCGAGGUGCAGACAUGGCUGCAGCAGGUCGGCUUCGGCGCCUACAGCGACCGUUUUCAGGAGCUUCAGGUGGACGGAGAUCUCCUGCUGACCGUCACGGAUCAAGAUCUGAGCUCUGACCUCUGCAUGGCCGCGGGUCUCACCCGCAGGAGGUUUCUGAGAGACCUACGCGUGCUGAAGACCUACGCCGACUACUCCACCUGUGACCCCAGCAACCUGGCCGACUGGCUGGCCGAGGUGGACCCCCAUCUUCGACAGUACACCUACGGCCUGGUCCAGUCGGGGGUGGACCGCAAGAACGUGGAGAGGCUGACCGACCUGCAGCUGCAGCACGACUGCCACGUCGACAACGGCGUCCACCGGGAGAAGAUACUGUCCGCCGUGCGCAGGCCGCUGAAGCCGAGCCACACGGACGCCCAGCAUCCGGGGCCCGACGUCUUCAUCAGCUACCGUCGCACCACCGGCUCCCAGCUGGCCAGCCUCCUGAAGGUGCACCUACAGGUCAGAGGUUACAGUGUUUUUAUAGACGUGGAGAAGCUGGAGGCGGGUAAGUUCCAGGACAAGCUGAUUCAGAGCGUGCAGAGGGCCCGCAACUUCAUCCUGGUCCUGUCCGCCAACGCGCUGGAUAAGUGCAUGGGCGACGCCGACAUGAAGGACUGGGUGCAUAAGGAAAUAGUCACGGCCCUGACUUCUAAAAAGAACAUCGUCCCUGUCACGGAUAACUUCAUGUGGCCGGACCCCACGUCGCUGCCAGAGGAUAUGAGAACUAUUCUCAACUUCAAUGGCAUAAAAUGGUCCCAUGAAUAUCAGGAAGCCACAAUCGAGAAGAUCAUCCGCUUUCUCAAAGAACGCCACGACGCAACCGACGCUCCGGUCGCAUCCAAGGAGCAGAAGAAGAAAUGAAGCGACCCAAACGGCCCGAUAAGAUGACCACCUGCCGCGUGUCCAGCAGAACAGCUUUCCUCGCUCAGCCCAAAAAGCACGCGAAGCAUACUCUAUGUUUAGCCCGCUUACACAGAUGCCCCCGUGAACACAUCUAAUGCUUAGACAAUGGGACGAUUUAAAAAAAAAAGAAGGGAAUUCCAGACUGUAUGUAACUAAGUUUAAGCCCCACUAAACCGCCGUAUUCAGUAUAUGACUUCUUUUAUCUCAGGAAAAUAAGCGAUAGACCAGCUGUGACUGGCACCCAGCAAACAGCAUCAGUGCAAAAACGGAACUUAAAAUAAGUAAAAUGUUCUUAAAAUUAGUGUAUUUUUCCUUGAUUUGAGCAGGU